GGGGCAGAGGGCUGCAGGCUCACUCAUCUCCCGAGUGACUCCGAAUCCUCUUUUCUCUCAUUUAUUAUUGGUCUUCCUAUUUUUUUCUCUUUCCAAUCUGGACGAUUGUAGUUGACGGAGUUUUUUUUAUGUAUAUUGGCUUUUUUCUGCGGAAGGAGGAAAAAUGCCCCUUCCACGGGCAUUCAGCCUGGAAACUGUGUUCUUCAUUUUAAUAUUGCUCAAUCUUCAAAUCAGACCCGCGAGAAGCUAUGAAGACAAACCGUUGGGGUUUGAAGAUAUUGUUGAUCAGUCAACCUAUGACAAAAUGAGGCCGCCCAAACCCGAAGGCGGAGCCACUCACGUGUCCUUCCAUGUAACCGUGAUGAGUUUGGAUACGAUUGAUGAGGGUUCCAUGACUUACGCGGCAGACGUAUUUUUUGCUCAAGAGUGGAAGGAUCAUCGACUUAUUUUACCUGACAAUAUGACCCGAGAUUAUCGGCUACUUCCAGUGGAGUGGCUUCAUAUGAUAUGGAGACCUGACUCGUACUUCAAAAAUGCCAAGAAGGUCACCUUCCAAACCAUGACCGUUCCCAAUCACUACGUAUGGUUGUAUAAAGACAAGACCAUCUUGUACAUGGUCAAGCUCACGUUGUUGUUGUCGUGUGCUAUGCACUUUGAAAACUAUCCCCACGAUGAACAAAUUUGUAGAUUGUCAAUGGAGAGUCUCUCUCACACAACGGACGACCUUAUUUUUGUGUGGCUCCCGGAGGACAAGACGCCUCUAGCGGUGGAUCAAGGCAUUGAAUUGCCCCAAUUGGAGUUGGUCUCCAAUUUUACGGGCGAUUGUACUUCAGUGUAUUCAACGGGUAAUUUCACGUGCUUGGAAGUCAUCUUCAAAUUCCGGAGACGACUGGGCUACUAUUUGUUUCACACCUACAUUCCAACCUGUUUGAUCGUAAUGAUGUCGUGGAUUUCAUUUUGGAUCAAACCCGAGGCUGUGCCAGCCCGUGUGACCUUGGGCGUGACCAGCUUGCUCACGUUGUCCACCCAACACGCCAACAGCCAGAAGUCGUUGCCACCUGUCAGCUAUAUCAAGGCCAUUGAUAUAUUCAUGUCCUCGUGCACAGUGUUUGUGUUCUUGAGUUUGAUUGAAUACGCGUUUGUCAACGUCAUGAUGGGCGAUAUCAGUGAGGUGGAACGGAAGGACAAAACCGCCCACUUGAGGAGCAUAAUCAUUUCAGACGCCAUCAAUUCACGCAACCAUGGUGAACUACUGAGUCAGAUCAAGUCUAUGGAGAACGAGUCCAACUUUAAGUGUCCAAAACAUCAAGAGGAAUCUCAACAAUCGAAGCCGAAGAAAGACCCGAAGGAAAUCAUGAAGAAGAGGCGGGAGCAGGCUAUUUGUAUCGACCGGGUCUCCAGAGUGAUCUUCCCUUCCACAUUUAUACUGCUGAACAUCAUCUACUGGCUUGUAUUUAGCGAGAUUCUUAAGGCAAUAAAAUACCCUUUCAAUUAAAUAAAA